CUUCCAAAUGCGGCAGUCGUAAACCACUCGAAAUCUUUUCUCUUCCGACUCUCGCACAAGCGAAUACAGUUUCGUUGAUUAACAGCUCGACGUGCUGUCGAGAUAUUGAAUAAUGAGGCCAAUUCUAUUGCAAGGUCACGAACGAUCACUCACUCAAAUCAAGUUCAAUUUAGAAGGGGACUUACUGUUCUCAUGCUCGAAGGACCAUAUCAUCAACGUUUGGUUCUCACACAAUGGUGAACGCCUAGGUACAUACGAUGGCCACAAUGGCACAGUAUGGACAAUCGACGUCGAUUCACAAUCAAGAUUUCUUGUCUCUGGAUCUGCCGACAACGAGCUACGUCUGUGGAACGUAUCCGAUGGCAAAUGUCUAUACGUUUGGGAGUUCCCGACGGCCGUGAAGCGUGUGGCAUUCAGUGAUGAUGACGAGCGUGUCGUUUGCAUCACUGAGCAACGCAUGGGCCAUCAAUGUGUCAUACGAGUGUUCAAGCUAAAUCGUGAUGGAGAUGGAACGACUCAAUCACUGGAACCAGAACAUAUGUUCAGUCCUAUAGGGUCCAAGGCUACCGUUUGCGCGUUCACCUAUACACCAAACCUGAUCAUAACCGGCCACGAGUCUGGAAAAGUCGCUCUUUUUGAUGUUGUCACCGGGACAGAAGUUCUUAAUAAUGAGCGUGCACACAUGGAUGUCGUCACCGAUCUGCAAUUGUCUGCCGAUCGCAGUUACUUCGUAACAAGUAGCAAAGACAAAACUGCUCGGAUACACGACACAAAAACUCUUCGAGUACUCAAAACUUUUGCAACAGAGACACCUUUGAACAGUGCAGCACUAACACCCAACAAACCAUACGUAGGUCGAUCAUUCAUCUUUUUUAUCUUGCUCAUAAAACGGAUACGUGUACAGGUUCUAGUAGGUGGUGGUCAGGAAGCAAUGCAGGUCACGACUACGUCUCUGCGACAGGGCAAAUUUGAGACCCGCUUCUGGCACAAGGUCUUCGAGGAAGAGGUUGGUAGAGUAAAAGGUCAUUUUGGACCCAUCAACACGAUCGCUGUUCAUCCGGCUGGCACGAGCUAUGCUUCUGGCGGAGAAGAUGGUUUUAUACGUGUCCAUCACUUCGAGGAGUCCUACUUCAGAGCAAAGCCGUAUGGGGACCUUCAGCUUGAGGAUUGAACACGUAUCCUAUUAUUCAUGACACGUGACCUUCC